CAGUUGUCUUCUCGUUCUUAUUUUAUCCCAUCUCAACCCUUCUCUCUACCCUCUUUCUUUCUCUCUCCCUUUCUUGGUGAAUGUGAGUGCACUCUUGUACAUGGACAUCUCGGAAGACGAGCAACUCGAGCGAGACGACUCUGUAGGAGCGAUUGACUUGGAAUUAGCGUCGACGAGCUCGGGCUUGUCAUCUGUACUUACCGCCGACGAUUCUAGAAGUACCACCAGCUCCGGCGACGUGUCCAUGACCAGUAGCAGUUCCGGCGAGAUUCCGGUGAUGCUUGUUUCUGAGACGGUGGUAGUGCCUAUGCUUCCUGACAACGCCGCUGCCGCUUCAAUAGAAGGAACCGCCGCAGCGACGUUCACCGCGCCGGCUAGGCCGCUGAAGUGCGUGGGUAGGAAAAACAAUGGAGUGACUUGGGGUUUCACUUCGGUUAUUGGGAGGCGGAGGGAGAUGGAGGACGCUGUUGCAGUUGUUCCGGGAUUCAUGUCCCGCACGUGCGAUCACGUCGGUGGUUGUACGGCUCCUGGUUCUAGAACCUGCUCCGAGAUCUCUCCCGUUCAUUUUUUCGGAGUGUAUGAUGGUCAUGGUGGCUCUCAGGUAGCUAAAUUUUGUGCCGAGAGGCUGCAUGAGGUGAUAGCAGAAGAGUGGGCUCGGGACACUAUUGAAUACAAUGAAUGGCAGAGAAAGUGGGAAACAGCGUUUUCCAUAGGCCUUGAGAGGGCUGACAAUGAUCUCCUGACAGAGAACGUGGCACCAGAGAUGGUGGGAUCGACUGCGGUCGUUGCUGUUCUCUCUGGCUGCCAGAUUAUUACGUCGAAUUGUGGUGACUCCAGGGCCGUUCUUUGCCGUGGGACUCAGACAAUCCCACUGACUGUUGAUCAGAAGCCGGAUAGAGCAGACGAGCUCAUGAGAAUUGAAAGAGAGGGAGGGAAAGUCAUUAACUGGAACGGUGCUAGAGUAUUUGGAGUUCUUGCCAUGUCCAGAGCUAUAGGUGAUCGAUAUCUAAGGCCAUGGAUAAUUCCAGUGCCUGAGAUUCAGUUCAUGACGAGGACUGAAGAAGAUGAGUGCUUGAUUCUGGCUAGUGAUGGGCUUUGGGAUGUGAUGACAAACGACGAGGUUGGAGAGGUUGCUCGUCAUCUUCUCAGAAGACGUCGGCGGUUGAUGAUGAGUAGUAGCAGUAGUUCCUCUGAGGAUCAGAUAUCGCCAGCACAAUUUGUUGCUGAUAAUCUCACUGAAAUCGCUUGCGGAAGAAACAGCUCGGACAACAUUUCUAUCAUUGUUGUUGAUCUCAAAUCUAAGAGGAAACGACAACAAAGGCAAUGAAAAAGGGGAUAAGGAAUGAGAAUGAAGAAGAAAUCUCUUUAUAUCUUAUAUCUUUCUCUCUCUUUCUCUUGACAAUGCCAACUAUGAUUCACCCUGAUAAGUCAAAGGUAGGGAUUAAUCUAAGUAAUGGACACUCCACCCGUUCUGUAAAUGAUGAACAGGUUCCAUAAUUCCCACCUUUGACUUAUCUUGCCUAACUUGUACAGUCCUUACUAACAACAUGAAUCAGUUUGUUUAAACAGCCAAAUAUUUGAAGAAAAAACCAAAAAAAGAAAAGCUAGAUCAAUCCUCAAUUUUAAUUGGCUUGGUCCAGAAGAAAAAUUAGUAUUUCCUGGAGGAUGAAGAAGUCUACAAGAGAAGAUUUCAAAGGAUUAAUAGCUUGCAAUGAUGUUUAUUUAAUUGAAAUAAACUAAUUGUUUUAUUUCUCUUCAUCAUGAAUGUUACUCUCUCUAAAACACAGAAUGAGAAAAAGAAACUUGAAACUCUUGGAGAUUUGUCAGGGC